AUGGCUAAAGCUCUAUUUCUCCUUCUCGUAUUCGUAUUCAUGUUCUUCAUGGGAGCUAAAGGAUAUGACUACUUUCUGAUGGUCCAACAAUGGGGGCCAAACAAAUGCACCGGCGUCAACGUCACAUGUCACGGUACACCGCCUCUGCCAACAUUCACAAUUCAUGGUCUGUGGCCCGGCAUUAACAACUCUCCUCGUCCACUUAUUAAUUGUCCUGGACCUCCCUUUGAUCCAGCUCAGAUCACAGCAUCUCAAAGACAGCAACUGGACACAUAUUGGCCAGACGUGCAGAAUUGGCGUAACCAAUCGUUUUGGCAGCACGAAUGGGAAACUCAUGGCAAGUGCUCAUAUCCGAACUUUCGACAGACUGCUUAUUUAGAAGCCGCUCUAGACAUUCGCAGAAACCACAACUACGACCUCCUCGCCAUCAUCCACAACCCCACCGGUAUGAUCCACAACUACAAUGCCAUUGAAGCCGCCAUUCAGGCCGCUACCAAUAGGACGCCAUUCUUACGUUGCAAUGUUAAUGCCCACACCGGGAGACAUCAAUUGUUCGAAAUCGUAUUGUGCUUCGACCGAAACGGCGUUACUCUCAUCGAUUGUAACCAAAACAACACCAGAGCCCUUCACAUGCAAUGCCCCCACCAGUUCGUGUGGCUCCCCCGCCACCCUCCGAGUUUGGGCGUCGCUAUUGGCGAGCUCAAGGACUCACUCAUCUAUCAUCUCUCCCUUCCUAAGCUUUUUUUGUUAACCUUGCUCGCUCUUUCCACUGCCUUUGCCUUUGUUUUUCGGAGGAGGUUUUUCCGAGCGGGUAGUGGUAAGAAGGACUGA